GCGGGCUGGAGAGCUGGUGCUGGGACGGGUGGGCGCAGCCCGGAGCCGUGGCUGCGGGGGACACACUCUCGGGGGCCUGGCCGGGUCACAUGCGGGACGCGGGGGACACUGUGGCGAGAGCUGGUGGGGCCUCCAGGUUCGCCCUCGCCGCCGGCCGGCGUGGACGCGGCGCUGCUACCGAGGCUGGGGCAGGGGCCGGUCCUGCGGCGGCGGCAGCUGGCGGCGACGGUAGCUGGCGGCGGCGGCGGCGGCUCCCCAAGUUCUGCGCGCUGGGAUCUCUCGCGGCUCCCCGGAUCCGCCUCUAUUUGAAGGGUCUGGAACGCCACGGGCCCGCCUCCGUCGUGACGUACAUGGCCAUAUAUGGGAAGCAGGAAGCCCUAAUAUGGCAAGACCGGCCAGGAGGACCCGGAGUGACGUGAAGCCCCCUAUCCGAGAGCGGUGGGCACCGCCGUCCCUCACCUCAGCCCCCGCGCCGACUCCUGCACCCUGGGCGCCCAGGCCUCGAGAAAACUUAGGACCCAGGCCUCAGCUGAGGACUCCUGGACCCAGGCUGCU